AUGGGUAUUUUUCGGUUGUACAGCCCCGACAAUACUUUUGAAGACUUUUUGUCUUCAUCGUACCCUGGCGUUGCGGCCUCCGAUCAUCGACAUUCGCGAUGUCAUCCUCGUUGGAAACACACUGGAGACCAUGAAGGACGUGUAAGCGUGUUUUCCGUAUCUACAGGCUUCAUUCUAUCCUGUAGGUACAUAGUUCAGACUUUGAUGGAUACCGACUUAUGCAAACUCUUGAAGGCCCAGAGACUAGCCAACGACCACAUAUGCUAUUUCCUUUAUCAAAUUCUCCGAGGUCUUAAAUACAUCCAUUCUGCCAACGUUCUCCACCGGGACCUUAAGCCAUCUAAUCUUCUCAUCAACGCAAACUGUGACCUUAAGGUGAGUCAAUUUGCUUACGCGGCCCGUAGGAGAACCGCAAAAGUUUUCAUGUUUUGCUGA